UGGCGGCGGGACUCCAUGUGUUCACCGAUGAGUCGUGACAUGUGAACUGUGACUCCGGAGUGACAACACACACUGACCACGAUCUACGAUGGCGUCUUCUGAGCUUUUGAAACAGAUUCAGGCCGGCAGGAAGCUGAAGAAAGCUGAAACACAUGACCGGAGUGGUCCUUUGAUUGAUGGAAAGGCAAGUGGUGGUGGCAGCGGCGGCGGCGGCGGCGGUGGUAUUGCUGCUGCUGCUGCUGCUUCACGUGGAGUACCAUCGAUGGGAGGACCUCAACUUGGUGGAUUGUUUGCUGGAGGUGUUCCUAAAUUGAAGCCUAGUAGUCAUAAUCUGGGAAAGUCACCGUCGCCUACUGCUAGACCAUCAGCACCUCCUCCUGCUAGACCAUCAGCACCUCCUCCUGCCAGAGGUCCUCCUCCUGCACCUGCACCACCUGUGCUUCCUAAUCGAAGUGUACCAUCACUGCCAAAUAGAUCUGCUCCUUCAAUACCUCAUCGAUCUGCACCGUCAUUGCCAAAUCGAUCUGCUCCUUCACUACCUUCAAGAUCUGCUCCUUCUAGAAACACUCCCACACCUCCUCCCCCACCGCGUCGACCACCACCACCUGCAAGGACAGCUUCCCCCGCUCCUCCUGCUUUCCCGGCCCGUUCACCACCACCACCACCACCAGCUCGUCCUGCCUCUUCACCAGCUCGUCCUUCCUCUCCCCCUACUGGUCCAGCUCCACGUUCUGUUCCUCCAGUUCCACCUGCAAGGAAAGCCCCUCCUCCUCCCCCAGCCAGACCCUUGUCGACCAUUGGUUCUCCUGCUCGAGCAGUCCCCCCUCCACCUUCUCGUAGGCCACCUUUAUCAGACGGUCCACCUGCUCCUCCAGCUCGUGUCAGACCUUUGUCAGAAGUUGAUUCCCGUCCACAAACUCCACCUGUAAAUCGCCCUCCACCUUCCCGUCCACCUCCCCCUCCAUCUGCUCCUCCAAGACCUCCUGUAUCUGCUCCUCCUAGACCCCGUACCGUUUCAACACCAGUCACUGAGCCUUUCGCUUUACCUGUCGAACGGCCCUCCAUCAAUGGUAGUGCUAGGACACCUCCAUCUCGCAAAAUACCUUCUCCCCCUCCAACCUCUGGCCCACAUACGUUUCCCGUAACUGAUUUCCCACAGCCACGUCCGUUUGUCUCAGCCACAAGGCGAUAUGCCAGUGGUCGAACCACUGGCAGUGAUUUCGACCUGUCCACCUUAUAGCCUGGCCCUCGCUGUACAUAGUCUUACUCUAAUCGCAUGAUAUAUCAGACUUAGUUGAUACAGUUGCUUGGACUCUAAAUUAUACAGUAGACUACGUGGCGCUCGAAUUUGGAUUAAGUAUUCCGCCAGAUUUUCGGAAGUACGGUCUUGCCACAUAGCAGCCUUAACCCGGCAAUACUACACCGCCCAGGUGACA